UGGGGAUGAAAACAGUCAAUCAAGAUGCCAGAAAGAAUACAGAUCCUAUUUACACAAAUAGGUCUGCUCAGUUUGUUGGUUCGGAUCAUUCUUAUGCAGGAUGUAGUUCAAAAGUUUCAACAUACAAAAAAGGAAAGUGUAGGAAAAAAAUUCCAGUCCUUACAAAAGGUGUCCUGAAUUGUUCAGUAACUAAUGAAUAUGUAAAUGUCACAUUAGAUCUUGAUAGUAUGUUAGAUGUUGGCAGUGUUUGUGAUGUGCAGUCAAAUAUGUUUUUGUUAGAUUAUUUGAAACAAACUGGACAUAUUAAAGCAUAUGAAGAGUUUAUUCGUUUACAGCCAAAUAAGCAUUGCUCAGUGUGUCAUCGAUUCUUGUUCCCAAAUCAAACCAAACAAUUAAAGACAACCAAUGACUGUUUAAAUAGUUUAGGUGUUGAUGCACCUUGUGAUGUUUGUCAGACCUGUCAUACAAAUAUUUGACAUGGUGUAAAACCAGCUUUGUCUUACUUUAAGAAUUUGUUGUUUCCAGGAAAUAUACCAGAUUGCUUAAACAAUUUGUCUAGUUUGGAAAAAAGGCUUAUUGCAAAAAUAAAUAUUUUCAUGACAGUAGUAAUGUUGCCUGGAGGUCAAUACGCUGAAAGAGGUUUAGUUCUUAAUCUGCCUUCAAACACUCUUGAAGUGAUUACAAAGAUGCCAUUAUCUUUUAAAAACUUGCCAUUUUUUGUGGUUCAUUUUGAUUCUGACAAGAGCUGUGCAAGAGAAAAUGAUAAAAAUGGUGUGUCAAUGCAGAAAAUACAUAAAGCAUUGCUUUGGUUAAAGGAGCAUAAUGCCUUGUAUCGAAACUUGACUUUUGAUGGAAACUUUACCACAGAAGAAAGUUGUACUUCACAUUUAGAAAGUGAAAGACAAAGUACAUUUAAUUAUGAUUCUUUUGAUGAAGAUGUUCUUGUCUCUGUCAACCCAUCAAAUUUGUGUUUUCUUGAAAAUGGUUUGCAUAUACCAAGAAACCCUCAUAAACCAGUCAACAUUUUUGAUAUAGAGAAUGGUGAAGAGUUAGCAUUUCCUUGGUUAUUUCCUUUAGGAUGUAAUGGCUUUAAACAAAAGCGUUUGUUUAAAAUCUUACCUAAAAUGUACUUUAAAAGCAGGUUGUAUGAUUACAAUUCUUUGUUUCACAAAAAUAUUACAUAUUUAUUGCAUACUGCUGUGUCAUAUGAUCUGUCAUGUUUGAAAUCAGCUGUCAGCAUAAAAAUGAAAAUCACACAUGCAAACAAUGGUCAAAUGGAACCUGUUUCUGCAGGGUGUAUUCAGAACAUUCAUGUGAAUAAUGAUUUGUUGGAAAACUCUUACAUGUUUAUGAAGAAAAUUAAGGGCACUGUUGCAUACUUCAGAAACAUGUUAUAUGACUUACUGUCUUCUUUUAGAUGUUAAGGCCCACCCACAUUGUUCAUGACACUAUCAGCCGAUGAUAAUCAUUGGCCAGAACUUGGCAUGACUUUGGAAAACUUGGAGUUCAAAUCUGCAUUUGGUAGAUCUUUCUUUGACAGUUUACGAAAAGAUCCUUUGUUAGCAGCUAUACAUUUUGAACGGCGUUUUCGAUCUCUAAUGAAGAAUGUUAUUUUAAGUGAAUCUCAACCUUUGGGUAAAGUAAUUGAUUAUUUUGCUAGGGUGGAAUUUCAGAAUAGAGGAAGCCCGCAUAUUCACAUGUUUCUGUGGGUUGCAGAUGUUCCGAAAGAAAUUGACAAUGCUACAGCUGCUACUGCCUUGAAAUACAUUAAUAGCACAAUAUGUUCUAACAUUCCUAAUGAAACUGUUGACCCUGAACUUCAUGCUCUUGUAAAUAGACUUCAAAUUCAUCAUCAUACCUCUUACUGUUGUAAAAAAAGGUCAUGUCGGUUUGGUUUCCCUAGACAAGUAUCAACAAAUACCAAACUCCUGCGAAACAUGCAAGUACAAGCAAAAAACAAAGGUAGGUUUUAUAUAACAGCUCGGAACUUCAAUAGUAGGUUUGUAAAUGAUUACAAUGGUGUUAUUUUGCGUCACUGGCGAGCAAAUAUGGAUUUGCAAUAUAUACAGAAUGCAGAAGGAGCAGCUUACUAUGUUUGUUCGUAUAUAUGCAAAUCCGAGCCUGAUGAUCUAAAAAAUGCUCUUGGUGAUUUGAUUUGCAAUGUUUUGAAUGCAAAUAUGUCUAUGCCAAGAAAUGUUCGUCUAAUGAAAAUUGGACUAUGUGUUUUGAAACACAGAAGAAUGAGUUCACAAGAGGCUGCCUUUCGAAUGGGUUCAUUACAGCUUUUGCAUGCAUCUAGAGAAUUUAUGUACCUUAAUACAUGGCCACCAAAUAAAAGGUUGAAAAUUCUACGAACUGCUUCAGAAUUGGCUGACUUGCCUGAUAAUGACACAAAUGUGUUUCAAAAUAACAUUUUAGACUAUUACCGAGAUCGACCAUUGGCUUUAAAUGAGCACAGCUUGUUAAACUUUGCUUCAUGGUUCAGAAAGGUAAGUAAACCUCAGAAGGUUCAAGGCCAAAUUUGUUGUCCAACAUAUGAUGUUUGGUUUCAGAAAAGGAAAAAAUUUUGUGUUGUCAGAUAUACCAAAUUUCCAUUUGGCUCUGAGGAUUAUUAUUACAGCAUGCUUUUGUUACUAUUUCCUCAUAGAUCAGAGGCCGAUUUGCUUGGUAAUUGUGAGUCUGCGCGCAUUUCUUUUGAACAGAAACAAAUACAGUUUGAUAAGAGUAUUAAUUAUCAGUAUUUUACACUUGCAUCUGAGAUUGAAAAUGCAGUAAGGCGUAUUCGCCUUUGUGAGCAAGAACUUGCUCCUGCAGAUGAAGACUUGUUACUAGAAACUGUUACAGACAAUGAUGAUGUACCUGUUACUUCAAUUCAGUUGGAAAAUCCUUCAGAACAUACAGAUGAUGUUCCUACAUACAGUGAUUUUGUUCAAGACAGUAGUAUUAUUAGUGAAUUACAUACAUUAGAGUGUUGUGAUAUGUCUGUUGAUGAAUAUUACAGAAAAUGUUGUACACUUUCAAAGAGUCAGAAUAAUGCCUUGACACAAAUUAAAUGUAGGCUUGGCACAAAUGAUUCUUCGCAACCUUUUCAUUUUUUCAUUUCCGGUGGUGCUGGAACUGGUAAAUCUUUCCUUCUGCAAUUGAUUGUUGCACACUUACAGCAUUUUGCAAAAACUUCUAGCAAAAUUGCAAAGACAAUUUCAAUGUGUUUCAACAAUUAUUGUUGAUGAAAUUAGUAUGGUAAGUUCUUCUAUGUUGACUUACAUAAGUAGGAGGCUUUCAGAAAUUAAAGAUGAUGAAAGGGCAUUUGGUGGGUUAAAUGUAAUAGUUUUUGGUGAUUUCUUCCAGUUGAGACCAGUUUCAGGGCGAUUUGCAUUUAAAAAUAUUUUACUCUGGCAUUUGUUUACACCAAUCUUUUUAGAACAAAACAUGAGGCAGGUGAAUGAUGCAUGUUAUGCUUCUUUAUUAAAUAGAGCUAGAGUAGGUUUCCUUACUAAAACAGAUGUUGCAUUAUUGGUCAAUAGAUUAAACUUUGACUCCAGUGAAAUUAAUAAUAUUAUGCAUUUAUUUGCAUUACGAGCUGAUGUUGCAGCAUUCAAUUCUGCUCGGCUUGCUAUGUUAGACUGCGAAAAAGUUUCUUUGCCUGCUUACCAUUAUUUUGGUCAUAAUGAUAAAGAUGCGGGUUCAGAUGUUCCAAGCAGUUGUGUUCAUUUGAAUGAACGUGAUGCUGGUGGAUUGUCAGUUGAACUAAAUUUAUGUGUUGGUGGUAGAGUAAUGCUUAUAAGAAAUAUACAUACUAAUCAUGGAUUAGUCAAUGGUGCUAUUGGAAAUAUUCAUUCUUUCUCAUAUACAAGCUCUGGUAUUAUUGAAUCUGUGAAUGUGAUGUUUGAUGACCCUUCAGUUGGACAAGUGUUAAAAACAAGUGGUUGUGAUUUCAUUAGUAUUGAUCGAGUUGAGUAUUCCUUAAUCAUGGAUGGAAGGCAUGUUGUAAGGUCUCAGUUUCCAUUAAUGUUAUCAUGGGCUUGUACAAUACAUAAAGUGCAAGGUUUGUCUUUAAAUAAAGUUGUCAUUGAUUUAGGAGAAUCUGUGUUUGAACGUGGGAUGAGUUAUGUUGCUUUGAGUCGAGUUACAUCUUUGUCUGGAUUGUAUUUACUAAAAUUUUCUCCACAUGCUGUUCAGCCUCCAGCUGGUGUUUUGGAAGAGUAUGAAAGGCUAAGAAAUCUUCAUUGAUCAAUAAAGAUUGAUUCUCUAAUUUGCAAUUGGACUUGAUAUUAAAGAAAAAACUUAAACUUUUUAUCUGUGUUAUUACAAUAAUAGUGUGUUCAAUUUUAUUACUCCUAGAAUUUGAACAGCUUUAUGACAAAUAGUUUCCUAUAAACAACUUGUUAUAUAAAAUAAAUUCUCAACACAUGUAUCAGAGUUUUUUCUCAAGUUUGGGAAUGGUGUUGGUACUAGACUAAUUGGGAAAAAAUGCGUUAUUUUGAUUUAAAUUGGCAAAGAAAAAUUUAUGCAUUUUUCAGCUACAAAUAAAAUUAGUUAUCAUCAAUAAAGAUAUCUAACAGCUUCCAUUGUCCAAGUAGAACUAUUGAGUGGUGAUUUAUAUGAAUAUGCUGAAUUUAAAUGAUUUCAGAGAAGUCACUUGGCCUUGUGGGAAUUUUGAUCAGCCAUUUUGGGAAUUAAAACAAAGAAGUUGGGAAUUUUCAGGUCUAUUUUCUAUUGGGAACAGUACUGUUUUAGGGUAGUAGUUAUAUACUGAAAAAAACACUGUAUAUAUCAUCAUUAAUUUUUAUCACUCAAAAAUGUUCAUAAUCUGACAUGCAGUUUUGGGCCAGUAUAUUACCUCACAAUUAAAGUCCUACAAUGUAAAUUUUCAUAACUGAAUAUAAUAUUAUUUUCUAUUUCCCUGAUUGUUUUUUUUAAAAAGAAUGGUACUGGUCAUUUACAGUCACUAUAUCUGCUUUUUUUUAUAAAAAAGUAUUUUCUAUUCAGUUAGUUUUUUGUUUUAUUCAAAUAUGUUAAAAACUUUCAUGUUUUUCAUUUUAUAAAAAAGGUGUUCUAACAUCUCACAAUAGAAGAUUUAAAUACUUUUGAUUUAAUAUGGAAAUGUGCAUCAUUGUUAAUUUGUAGCUGCUAAAAUUAAAUAAGAUGACACUUCAAUUUUACCAUUAUCGAUUGCCUUGAUUGUUCAGUAAAAAAAAAACAACAUCAAAAACAAGAAAAACAACACCAUUUUUUAAUAAUUUACAAUUUUAGAAAAAUAGUGGGGCAUUUUUACUUGUAAUAACAUAUUAAAAGAUGUACUUCAGUUUUCUUAAUACAAAAAAAAACUUAUAAUGUUACAACAGCUAGUAUGUCAAAUCUAAAAUAUUGAACUUUACAUUUUUAGGCAUUUCAUUUUCAUUACCUUAAAAUGUAAACAAAAAAUAAUUAUACACAAAAAACUUAUUCACAUCCUUGAUGCAUUUUCCUGAAUUUCCUUUACCAGUCUGAUGAAAAGUGCACUGUGACCGGGAAAGUCCUAAAAAAGUCAAAAAACUUCCUGACGUAUGAGGGCAAAAAUGGUAAAAUGACUUACUUUAACAUGGUUACUGGAAAUGCUGAUAAUAUCACAAUUAUAAGAUGCUACUUAAGGCACAAGUUCAACAUGAUCAGGGAAGGCUUGUCCUACAAGUUUUCCAAUGUUAUCCAAAAACCAGAUGCAUGUUGGGUUGUACAGACCAGCUCAGUAACAAUAGUUCCACCUGUAAAUUGUGCCAUUCAAACAAUUCCUCCUUUACCAGAAGAUGUGCCUGCAACUGGUCAAAAAAGAAGUAUUUCAGAGGCAUUGACAUCUCCAGAAAAAAGCACAAUUU